CCUGCCUGCGUUGCUGAGUCAACCUCGGUUGUCAUCCCGAGAGCGGCAGCAUGCCAAAGCGCCUAGCCUGCUUAGUGUGCUCCCUUUUGUCCUCCGCGACAGCGUUCCAGGCCCCUCCUCGCGUCGUGAAUGCGGCGCUAGGCAGCAGGAGCGAACAUGUCCUUGAGAGAAAGAAACAUGUUCUCGCAGCGAAGAGAGAUGUGCUGCCCGACCUUGCACAGCAAGAGUUUCCUCCCCUGCCCGAUAAGCCCUACGACUUAGUCGUCCUGGGGUCGGGGCCGGGGGGAGAGGCGGCGGCGGUGCAGGCGGCACGCCUGGGGGCCUCCGUGGCGGUGGUGGAGAUCAAGAAGAGCUUCGGAGGGCCGACGGGGCUGACGUCCAAGGCCGUGAGGGAGGCGGCCAAGCAGAUCAACCAGGCCGUCACGAACGUGGGAGGCGACAGACGAAGGCAGACGCGCAGAAUGUGGAAGCUCCGCUUUCCCGCACUUCGAGCCCAGGCUGAGGUUCUGCAGGCGGCGGAAACACGCGACCGUCUGUCCAAGAACCUGAUCGACCUCUACAUCGGAGAGGCGGAAAUCCUGCCGCAGAGCAAGAGGCCGAAGGAAGAGCGGCAGAACGGGGAGAUUGCCGUCCGAGUCUGUCGCCCCAGGGCCUGCAUCGACAUACCGGCGCACUACGUGUGUGUUGCAACGGGGUCUCGGCCUAACCGGCCACCCAAGAUGAGAUCAGGAUCGCGGCUCCCUUUCAUGAAGGGCGUGGUGGUAGACGCUACCGAGAUGGGCACGAUCACCGACCUCCCCAAUGCGUGCGCGAUCAUCGGGGGAGGCGUCAUAGCGGUGGAGUACGCCACUGUCCUCGCUGGGCUGGGGGUCGGAGUGUCCCUUCUUUGCAAAGACGAGGAAUUCAUGCCCUUCCUUUCUGAGGAGCUUCGGGUGGAGCUCAAGCAACGCAUGAUUCGGGACAAGGUUUUAUUCGUCCCUGCCCCCAUCAAGCGGAUCGACAUCGUCGCGACAAGCAACAUGGUCCUCGUACAGCUGGAGAAAAUGGAACGACAGGCAACAGCUCCCCGACGCUUGCGGGUGGACCUGGUGCUGUACAGCGGAGGGCGCGACGCCAACAGCGAGACCCUUGGAUGCGAUGCCGCGGGAGUGGACCUGGCCCGGUACGGCCGGAUCAAGGUGGAUGGGUCUUUCCGGACGUCGAACCCACGGGUGCACGCGAUCGGGGACGUGACGGGGCCCCCUGGGCUCGCGUCCUCGGCGCAGAUGGGAGGCCGUGCCGUGGCGACCUACCUGUUCAACGAUAAGAUGCAGAAGCUGAAGCAGUUCAUGCUGGAGACCUGCACCGAGAUGGAGGAUGUCGUGGACGACCCCUUCUUCGCAGCAGAAGCCGAAUCUGCCUCGGGCGCUCAGCGCACGAGCGAGCAGCUGCAGCAGUAUGAGCAGACCGCCAUGCUUGGCAGCGAUGAUUCGAUGGCCGACGCGGCGGGGAGAGCGGAGGGGGAGUCGCUGUUCAAGAGGGUGGCUGGGGCGCCGCUGACUCUGUGGACGAUCCCAGAGAUCUCGUCGGCGGGUCUGACGGAGGAGCAGGCGGUCGCCGAGGGGAUGAGGAAGGCGUCGCAAGGGGGCUCCAUGGUGACAGGAUACGCGUAUUUCAAGGACAUCGCGAGGGGAAGGCUAAGCGGAGGGGACGCGGCGGGAUUCCUUAAGCUGGUGGCCAGGGCGGACGGGCCGACUCGGCACGUCGUCGUCGGCGUGCAGAUCAUCGGGGAGGGGGCCAACGAGCUGAUCCAGAUGGGCAGCAUCCUCAUCCAGAGCAAGUCUUCCCUGGAGGAGGUGUCGAACACACCCUUCGCAGCUGUAACGCUGAGCGCGUUGUACCAGGUGGCCGCAGACGACGGUCUGUGCAACAGCCCCUACAACAUGCAGCGCCAUCCCAUGCGGACUAAGGCUUACGAGUAGAGAUGAAAACCGUCACGUGUUGAUUGUCGGGAGUGAAGCUUGUCCGGCGCCUCUGGAUUCCCUUCUCUUGACAUUGGUGAGAGUGUUUUUGUUUGCUUGAUGGUAUUGUAAACAUGAAAUAGGCUAGAAAGGCGCUACAUGGGUGGGUAAAGAAGCGCCUGUUUGAAACGGGUACGCCACCUGUGGGAAGUAGUUCUAGAGGAAACAAAGGCGUCGAGAAAGGGCCAGUAGCUAUAGCAUAUAGCAUCCUGCGGGGUACGUGUAGAGCUCACGCUGUGAAAGGGCGUUGUGGGUCGGCGGCUUAUUGUCGGCCUCCACAACGAGGAGGUUAUAAGUUCUUGCAGUGAACGUUCGUUAGUCCCUCUCCCAGGCGUGGCAAUAGACUGUUUACGCAGGACACCUUUGUAGAUGUAAAGGGGCGGAUUGACGUUUUCAUGAAAAUUGAAAGCCUGGAAUGGAGUGAGUUACUGCUGGAGGUCUUGGUGAAUAGGCGAACUUUCCGAGAACGUGUCCACAGGGUGCACGGGGCAACACAACCGUUUCAUUUACACUAAAGCAUGAUCAGAGGGUAGUGCGAAGAGCAAAGCAAAUAUCAAAUGAAGAACGUACGGUGCCCGUCACGAUUGCGACGAGAACACCUCCGGGAAUCCUUGGCAUGGCUUCGUGUGUGCCUCGAGCAUGCGUGCUUUUGGCCACGUCCUCUGUGGUUGGGGUGAAGAAGCGCUACGUUUCUCGUAGCAGGUUCCGGUGUUGAGAAUAACAACGUCGGUCGGGGAUGCGUCCUUGUGUCCUCGGGAGAUGUGCGAACAACUUUGCCAAGUCCACUCUUUUUGUUCUUGUUUUCGCCCGUUGCCGUCAUUUCGUGUUGCUCGGUUGUGCUUACUCUUUGUCUUUUAACAACACAUAAACUUCCGUAGAGUUCUCUCUACUAUUAACUUGCAAUGGCGGCAUUGUGCAUGGCUUUUUGCUGUUUAGGAUAUCCAUCGCUGCUGUGCAGUCGGCUCUGUAGUCUGUGAAUAUGCCACCGUGUCCAAGGUCACGGUUUCACGAUGGGCUGCCUGGCUGUGUGUCGUAGCUCCGAACAGUCCGGCGGCUCGUAGCGCUGAGCUCAUUGGUGGAGGCGUCUGUGUUAGGAACCAGUGGUUCAAAUCGGCUAUAUCUACAAUGUUGGACCCAGGUCUCCGCAUAGCGUUCACUACUGUAGUUUGAGGGGGCAGCCAGGCAACGGGAUUCAAAUUGAGGCCGCGGUUACGGCAGUAACCCCGGGCAAAGUAGUACGAGUUGCUCCGUACCGUAGAUGCCUUGUUGGUAGCAAGCGCCCCCUGGAUCCUUGCUCAAUGCGGCAGCGAUUGGCGGUAAAGGCCAAAGGGAGACUCAAGUUUGUUGCUAAUCCAAACGUGUUGUUGGCAUGCUCCAACUAUAUCUGACGACGACGCAGCUCUCGGGUCGAGUCAGUCUACGGGCAUCACGCACAUUCGGCUUAUCUGCUCCGCCACCUCGAGCACUUGAUCCGCGACGGUUCUCUUUGCUGCAAUCAUGGCGGAUUCGCUUUUGCCAUAGUCGGCACAGACAGCAGUUUCUUGAAAAUGUCUGUCUGGUCCCUCCUCCUGCGGCAACGCUGCCAGAUUCGCCCCGGGCGAGCCAGGCACAAGUGGUGCCGUGAAGGCCCUCAACGUGGUGGGUGCAAAAUGCGCGGAAAACACACCUCGCCGGACUUCAAACACACAGAAUCGCCGAUAGUUUUCUUCAAGGUUAACACCUACCGGCAUACCAGAAGGUGCGUGAAACUGCUGUUUUGAGACUCGCUGCUGUAUUAUUGUGGUGGUAUGAGGUGACCGGCUACCCUGUUGAUAGGGCCGUUUUAAACGGACCGACUUUUUGUCAAAAUUUUUGAAAGUGUCAAAAAAAUGGAACCUGUAUGUAGGCGUUUGUCCAUUUUUUUCAAAAAUAUUUGGAACGAAGUUGGGCGCGAAAACUUUGCUCCACUUCGUUCCAACUUUUUGACAACCCUCUCAAAGUAUUUGGAGCACUUUCCAAAGUACCCUUGCAGAGGCACGCGAGGGCUGCUGCGUCUGCACCACGAGUGCCCCUCACCGUAGAAAGUCAGCUAGGGUUGUGUGUGAGUCAUCUGUCGCUGUCGCUAUUGCUAUCGUCGCUGUUGCCAACGUUGACGAUGCUGUCUGCUGUUGCUGUGUCGUCCGAGAAACGGCGGUCCGCCAUGAUGGCUUGCAGUUGUUGCUUCGCGUCCGCCGCUUUGUUUUUUCCUUUUCCCGGGGGGGUAGGAGCAGUGGUUGCCACCCCUCGCCGGCGGCCUGCUCCACCCUCGCUCUGAGUGUUGGUGGCGGCAGCGCCUCCCGUGGUAACAUGAGUGUUCCCCGAGAUGCCAGGCAGCAGCACUAUCUUGCUGGAGAGCAAGCCUCCACCGCCUACGGCGGCACCGAGAGAGCCCGUCUGCUGGAAUUUCGCCGGGGUUUUGGUCUGCCGGCCACGCUGGGUGGUCGUGAUAUCCAUGUCGGUGUCCAUGAUGUCGUGUUUUCCGCGGUUUGUGUUGUGUCGUGUGUGUUGUCUCGAAGUGAGCGCUACAACUCACGGACGGCGUCAUUUUUUUUGACACAAGUUGCACAAGUCCACGUCACACGUUUAAAAUGACUGCACACAGGUUCCAAGUUUUUGAAAGACAAAUGUCGAAAAUUUUGACAAAAACGUCGGUCCGUUUAAAACGGCCGAUAGCAGAUG